AUGGGUUGCUCUACGUCAAUUGAGACAGUCCCUUUGGCAUUCAAUGAUUUUCAAUAGCUUAAUGUAGGAACCUAAUCAAUCGAGUUAACUCAAUUGUUCUUGGUUGCAAACAAUUUAGUAAACGAAGUCUAAAAACUAUAUAAAGUAGUUGAAGGAAAUAGACUCAUUUUAUUACGCUUAACUAAAGUAAAAUUUUGGAAUAAUAUGUUAUUAGGUGUCUCUAACAGCUGAUUAGAACUUGAUGGAUGCAUUUUGUUUUUGGGCUAAGUAUGUUUCUAUUUGUAACCUGGGGUAGGGAUGCUAAAAUGGAGUAUAUUUUAAAUUUGAAAAUGAUAGUACUAUUAAUAAAAUCAAUUGGUAGGGAAGUAAUUCAACUAUAAUUUGGGCUUAAGUGGCGAUUUCAAAUUGCAGUGGUUUGGGGAAGUUCUAAACAAUUAUUUCAAAGGACUUGAAGCAAUUAAAAGAGUGAUUCCAAACAUUAUUGAGCAGUUUAAGGUUGUUUUGGAUAAAAUUACUAGCAUCACAGCCAAAUUUAAGGUAAAGUCUCAAACAUCUAAACAUAAUAUAAGUCUAUUAAAAUUCAAUAUCAAUUUCAUAAAAAUAAUCAACAUAAAGAUAAUCAAGUAUAAUUAAGAAGUAGAUGUACUUAAAAAUGAAUGUGAAUAAAUGGCAAUUAAUUCAGAUGAAUAAGGAAUGAAGCUAUAUAAAAAAUAUGGAGUGCAAAAAUUGGUAAAUAAUGAGAAAUAUUGCUUGAAAACAAAAAUCAAUGUCAUAAUUGAAUAAUGCUAUCAAGGUCAAAUGAGAACAGAAAUAGAAUAGGUAAUAUAAAAUAGAGAAAAAGCUAAAAGGAAAUUGAAGAAGCCUGCAUGGACAUUUGGUGAUGAUAUUGGUAUUGGGGUUAAGAAGUUUCCUUUCAGAAUUAGAUGGACAGGAUGCGAAUGUGUUGAUCAUUCUUUUUUUAUCAUUUCCAAUUAUUUAGAAAAUCACAGUAAACAUUUGACACUGCUGAGAAAAUUAUCAGUAAUUUUAAGAUACUUGACUCAGGCAUUUAAAACCGAUGAAGAUACAUUGACAAGAGCUUGGUCAAUAUUUUGUUGUUAUUUAAAUGAAAAGGAAAAAGCAAUUAUUUAAGACAAAGGAUCUAUAUUAGAAGGAAUUAAAAGUCUUAAACUUAAAGAUUAGAAUGCUGAAAAAUGUAGAAUCUAUUUUAUUUAGUAUAUUGAUUAAUUUGACAAUGAAUUAAUAGCAAAAUUAUAAUAAUAAUGGGAGAAUUAUCAAGAAGGAUAAUCUAAAGUAUUACUCCUAUGGGCAAACAAUCAAAUUUUUAAUACUACUGAAUUUGAAUAACUUGAUAUUCAUGAUAAAUAUUACGCAUUAACAAGUAUGGCCAAAAAUAUAUACGCGCUUUAACGCUAUUUUCCAAUUGCUACUAAAAUUUACAAUACAGGUAUUUUACAACUUAUUUAGAUUUUAGUUUAUUAAAAAAAAUUAACUAAGGGAAAAGAUUUUCUCAUAUAAAUGUAGCCUAUAUACAUAGCUUCAGGAAUGAUAUCACUGCCCUUUGAUUAAUUAUACACUAUAAAUAAAUUAGAAAAAGAAGCUACAUAAGCGAAGAAGAAGGAGAUUAAGUUCAAAUAUGCUUAUGAAAAAUUUUUAUAGAAAAUUUGA